CAUCCCUAGCAAUGAUAGUGAGACACUGAAAGCCUAAUACGUAUUCUCUCUCUCUUUUGGCUUCGGGGGUGAGAGUGCUGAAUUCGAGAAGACAGAGCCAUAUCCGGUGUAGAUAUUCUUCCUUUGGUUGCUUUUUAGCCUCCAAAACAUUGGGUUCUUAUCGAAUCACCACCUUGUCGAUACUAACGUCUCGAUUUUCGCAAUUCUUGCCAUGAUGAAUGUGUGCUUGCUUUAUUUACCCAGGGAUCAGAGGCAAAGCAGCUGACUAGCCAUGUCUUCAUCUUUGCCAGUUCUUCCUACUCCUCUUGAAGAUAAGUACCAAAAAUUACCUGAUUCUUUCCAGGUUGCUUCAGAAAGGCAGCUGAUAAGAAACCCAGUACCUCUACAGGCAUCUCAAUUGGGUCCAGAUAGUGGGACCACUGCACACUUGUUUUCUUCAUCAUUGAGAAUUCCCAAAGAAUUAAACACUUCUUCAGUUUCACCCCAAAAUUCUCCAUUCAUUCGGUCAUCAAAGGAUAGAGGAACUUUGCUAGUGGCACCAACCUAUUCUUCCCAUUCUGAGGCACAAUCCACAACACUGAUUAGCAACUCUGAAGAAAAUAAGGAUAUCUCCUGGUCUGUUGAUCCAUUAUAUGACUUGCUUGAUUUUCCUGGAAAUGUCACCACCCAGAAUGGUCAGGUGGAAAGUAAUAUUGGUGUCAUUGCAUCGGAGGAUCUUUCUAAAAGAACAGAUUGGCAGGAGUGGGCAGAUCAGUUGAUCUCUGUUGAUAGUGAUCUGGAGCCAAAUUGGAGUGAACUUCUUAAUGAUGCUAAUGCCACAGAUACCGAACAACAGGUGCUGAAAUCAUCUCCUGAAUUCUCAGUGCAACCCCAAAUUCAUUUAUAUAAUGGAGAACCGUGUGCUGUUGCUAACCCCAUUUCAACUGCACCCUCAACAAAACCCCGAAUGCGCUGGACACCAGAACUUCAUGAAGCUUUUGUAGAGGCUGUCAAUAAGCUUGGUGGCAGUGAACGAGCAACUCCAAAGGGUGUUCUAAAGCUUAUGAAUGUCGAAGGAUUGACCAUCUACCAUGUUAAAAGCCACCUGCAGAAGUACAGAACAGCCAGAUAUAAACCGGAGUCUUCUGAAGGAACUUCAGAGAAAAAGUUGAGCCCCAUUGAGGAAAUGAAAUCUCUAGACUUGAAAACGAGCAUGGGCAUCACAGAAGCAUUGCGACUGCAAAUGGAGGUUCAGAAGCGACUCCAUGAACAACUUGAGAUUCAGAGAAACCUACAGUUGAGAAUUGAGGAACAGGGGAGGCAUCUUCAAAUGAUGUUUGAGAAACAAAGGAAGUUGGAGGAUGGCAAGUCCAAGGUUUCUUCCUCCUCCUUGGAUGACCCUACCCUCUUACAGUCAGAUGCAGUGCUGCCAUCUGGUAAUGAUAAAUCUGAAAUCUCAGAGCCAGAUCAUGCCAAAACUGUGUCUGACCGAAACGAUUGUGGUGUGGCACUGGAGAAAAAUUCCCCAAGUGUAAGCAGAAAGCAUAAGGCACUGGAAAAUGGAACUGGUGAGGAUCUUUUGGAUGAAUCUAGUCCAGCAUCAACAAAGCGAGCAAGAGCGAAUGAAACAGCAAUAUCAUCAACAUCCUGCAUUUGACUGAACAUCUUAUGCAAAUCUCAUUUUGCUGCUUCUAUAUGGUGUGUUAAAGCUCUGCACUUCUGUGUCUUGUGACGAGGCACGGUAGCCGAUGGAAGCAGGGGAAGUUUGGAACUCAAGGUCUUGCCUUUAUUUUCCAUAUAGCUAAGAAUCAGAAAAGAUCCAAAAGAAAUUAAUUGACUAGUGACCUUUGCAUUAGGAACUGGUGCUAGAAGGUGGAAUCUGUACAUGUUUGUGCAUUGUUAGACUUUAGAAAAAUUUUGUAAUUUCCAAUUGAAUAAUGAAUUUCUUGAAGUUUCAUUCAGCA